CCGCACAAGCAUCUCUCUCUGCCGAUCUUCUUUCUUCUCUUCUAUUUAUCCCAUUUUAUAAAAAGAUCUCUCUUCCCCACCACACUACUCCAUCCACCGACCGCUGUUCCGAUCUUCCAUCAUCAGCAAACCAUAUCUUUCCUUUACCUUUUUUGUUAUCAACGCUGCAAUAAGCACCGCCACCAAUACAAGAGUCAUAGUAAAGUACCUCCCAUCCGCAAUUAAAAAUCAAAGAGAAAAAGCUCCUUGAUUAUUUUUUGUUGUCGUCGUUCUUAUUUUCGCGGGGUUGUUUUCUUUUCUAUCCCAAUUCAUUUAAUUUUGCCUUUAUUACUUUUAGGUUCUCUUGUUUUGUAGUCAUUUCUUGUCUUGGUUCUUUAUCCCAUCUUUCAUUAUUUUUUUUUUAAGAUCCCUCUAUACAUUUCUUUGACUUGCUCUUUUAUGUUGUUCUUUCGUCAGUAUUGAUCAAGCGACAUAUAACGAUUUCUCUCUCUUCUCUUCUUUUUUUUUUUUUGUUUUUUUGCGCGUUCAAUACAUAUCGAUCUUCUGUGUAUUACUUCCUUUGGUUGAUUCUCUCGUUUUCUUCUUGUCUUUGUAUUUCUGAGUGUGUCUCUAUCUUUCCUUCUUUGUUUCUUAUUUGGUUGUUGUUGUUUUAGAAUUCCCUCUUUCUAUUUGUUCCAUCAUCAUUAUUUGUAGUCAUGUCUAAUGCUUAUUCUCUUCCACAUUUGCAUUCUAUCACCGGCCCAGGCUCAGGUCCAGCUCCUCCACCACCUCUUUCUUCCUCCUCUCAAUACCUUGCCUCGGCUGAUUCUUCCUACUCGUUUUCUUCUUCUAAGCCUCGCCUUCCUCCCAUUAACUGUAUCGCCAAACCGUUUCAACAGCACACAUCCCAGUCCUCUUGGCCUUCUCUCUCUUCUUCCGCUUCGUCCCCUUCCUCUUCUGUAUCUUCUUCCGCCAUGAAGGACUCUCCCUCCUCCUCUUCUUCCUCCAUGCCUUACUCUUACGGCGUUCCUCAACUUCCUUCCUCCAAUCAGAAUCUCCCAAGUUCCUUUCCAACACCCUCUUUGAACUCCAAGAAUAACAACUUUUCCACCUCUAAUAAAUCACCCGAAUCUGUUCACUCUUCUCCUUAUACCAAUUCUAACAACUAUAUACCCCUUACCUCUCAGCAGCCCAUGUCUUCCAGUCAUACAUACGCCAAUUCCGAACCUACUAUCCGAAAUGAUGCUUUUACCACUUAUGUUCAUUCCGUACAUAAUCCUCCCCUUCAGCCUUUAUAUUUGACUACCCAGAAUUUACCUCCUUCUUCCAUUUCUUCCUUUCCAAGCAAACCAUCCACUCCUUCCGCCUCUACACCAGUUCAAGUUUCUUACCCUGAGUAUCAGCCCUAUUACAACCAUCAGAAGCAGCAGCCCGAUGUUACUUCAUCUACCUUGGAUUCAACCUUGCCGAAAAUUUAUCCGCCUGCUGAGCCUUAUCCUCUCAACGCGAACGUUCCUUAUGGCCGUAAUAAUUAUUUACGUCGCGUAACCUCCAUGGUCCCCGUUCAUACCGAGUAUAUGAAUUCUUAUGUGCGCAACCCAGAGCUUCGCACAAAUCAUAAACUUGCCGAACGAAAGCGUCGUAAGGAAAUUAAGGAACUCUUCGAUGAUUUGAGGAAUGCUCUUCCUCUUGAUAAGAGUACCAAGUCUUCAAAAUGGGAGUUGUUAACCCGUGCCAUUGAAUACAUUGAACAAUUAAAAUCAGAGCAAACAACCUUGGAAGCCCAUAUAAGGACUCUUGAGGAAAAACGUGCAAGAGAAAAAUAAAACUGUUAUUGGAUAACCCUGUUUCAUGCUCUCAGGUUUCAAUUCGUCAUUUUUUUGGGUAUGUUUUAAAGAUUCUGUUUUCAUAUUCUGCUAUGUUAUAAAACUUUUUAUUUUAUGUUUUUAUUUAUUCUCAAAACAUAACGGUUUCUUUUUACGAUGUUCUCUGCCUUUCUUUCUCAUAUGAUACUUCUCAUAUGAUACUAUACUCUUGUUUUCUUUGGACAGCUUGAUCGUAGCACAUCUGUUGAACUGCACUUUUAUUUCUUAUUGAAGCCUUCAACCGUGCUACCACCAUUGCGGUUCCUUUUAUGAAUGUUCAGACUUAUGUUUUCGUUAUUUCAGUCCUUUUUUUAUUCUUUUUUUUUUUCUUAUUGUGGUGUCUUGUUUUCUUAAAAUUUACAUAUAUAAUUGCCUUGUCGAUUUGAGUAAUCAACGUUUUUGGGUAAUUACUUUUCUACUUUCUUAAUUCUUGUAUAGUUUCUAAUGAAUGUCAUUAUAAUCAGAUUAAUAGACCUUUAGUUUAAUAGUUCAUAAGUAUAAGAAGCACA